GCUUUCCCGGCUCCUGGCGUGACAUCUGCGGACCGGGGACCUGUAUGUGUGUGCGCGCGAAGGAGCGGAAGAAUGGCAGUGCUCAAACUCACCGACCAGCCACCACUGGUCCAAGCAAUCUUCAGCGGUGAUCCAGAGGAGAUACGGAUGCUCAUCCACAAAACAGAAGAUGUGAAUGCUCUGGAUUCGGAGAAGCGAACCCCGCUUCAUGUGGCUGCGUUUCUGGGAGAUGCAGAGAUCAUCGAACUCUUGAUUCUGUCAGGAGCUCGUGUAAAUGCCAAGGACAACAUGUGGCUGACCCCACUGCACCGGGCUGUUGCCUCCAGAAGUGAAGAAGCAGUGCAAGUAUUGAUUAAGCACUCGGCUGAUGUCAAUGCGAGGGACAAGAACUGGCAGACCCCCCUCCAUGUGGCGGCUGCCAAUAAGGCCGUGAAGUGUGCAGAAGUGAUCAUCCCCCUGCUGAGCAGCGUCAACGUCUCCGACCGAGGGGGGCGCACAGCCUUGCACCACGCUGCUCUGAAUGGCCACGUGGAGAUGGUCAAUUUACUCUUGGCCAAAGGAGCAAACAUCAACGCAUUUGACAAGAAGGACCGGCGUGCUCUGCACUGGGCGGCCUAUAUGGGCCACCUGGAUGUUGUAGCGCUGCUCAUCAACCACGGCGCAGAAGUGACGUGUAAGGAUAAGAAGGGUUAUACCCCUCUGCACGCUGCAGCCUCCAAUGGACAGAUCAAUGUUGUCAAACACCUCCUGAAUCUGGGGGUGGAGAUCGACGAAAUCAACAUCUAUGGAAACACGGCCCUUCACCUGGCCUGCUACAAUGGGCAGGAUGCUGUAGUUAAUGAGCUGACUGACUAUGGUGCUAACGUGAACCAGCCCAACAACAGCGGGUUCACCCCUUUGCAUUUUGCUGCUGCCUCCACACACGGUGCUUUGUGUCUUGAACUAUUAGUAAACAACGGGGCAGAUGUUAACAUCCAGAGUAAAGAUGGCAAAAGUCCACUGCACAUGACAGCUGUCCAUGGAAGGUUCACACGGUCACAAACUCUCAUUCAGAAUGGCGGUGAAAUUGACUGUGUGGAUAAGGAUGGCAACACUCCUCUCCAUGUGGCUGCAAGAUACGGUCAUGAGCUUUUGAUUAACACCUUAAUAACCAGCGGAGCUGACACAGCCAAGUGUGGAAUCCAUAGCAUGUUCCCCCUACAUUUAGCUGCCCUAAAUGCUCACUCUGACUGCUGCAGAAAGCUCUUAUCAUCGGGACAAAAGUAUAGCAUAGUAUCCUUGUUUAGUAAUGAGCACGUGCUGUCUGCAGGCUUUGAAAUAGACACCCCAGAUAAAUUUGGAAGAACGUGCCUUCAUGCUGCUGCUGCAGGAGGUAAUGUGGAAUGUAUAAAACUCUUGCAGAGCAGCGGAGCAGAUUUCCAUAAAAAGGACAAGUGUGGGAGGACGCCUUUGCACUAUGCAGCUGCAAAUUGUCAUUUCCACUGUAUUGAGACAUUGGUGACCACAGGGGCCAACGUUAAUGAAACAGAUGACUGGGGACGCACAGCUUUGCACUAUGCUGCUGCAUCAGACAUGGAUAGAAAUAAGACUAUCUUAGGAAAUGCCCAUGAAAAUUCAGAAGAACUUGAAAGAGCCAGAGAGCUGAAGGAAAAGGAAGCCGCAUUAUGUCUAGAGUUUCUGCUUCAAAAUGAUGCAAAUCCAUCUAUCCGGGACAAGGAAGGCUACAAUAGCAUACAUUAUGCUGCUGCCUAUGGCCACAGACAAUGUCUGGAAUUGCUUUUAGAAAGAACCAACAAUGGUUUUGAAGACUCAGACUCCGGUGCUACCAAGAGUCCACUCCACUUAGCUGCCUACAAUGGGCACCAUCAGGCCUUGGAAGUCCUUCUGCAGUCGCUGGUGGACCUGGACAUCAGGGAUGAGAAAGGCCGCACCGCUCUGGACCUGGCUGCCUUUAAGGGACACACAGAAUGUGUGGAAGCACUUAUCAAUCAGGGCGCAUCCAUCUUUGUGAAAGACAAUGUCACCAAAAGAACCCCACUUCAUGCCUCAGUAAUUAAUGGUCACACACUGUGUUUGCGGCUAUUACUAGAAAUUGCAGACAACCCAGAAGCAAUUGAUGUGAAAGAUGCCAAAGGACAAACCCCGCUGAUGCUUGCAGUAGCGUACGGACACAUUGAUGCUGUUUCAUUGUUACUUGAAAAGGAAGCCAAUGUAGAUGCUGUUGACCUCAUGGGCUGCACAGCUUUACACAGAGGGAUUAUGACAGGCCAUGAGGAAUGUGUGCAAAUGCUGCUGGAGCAAGAAGUGUCGAUUCUCUGUAAAGAUUCCAGAGGGAGGACCCCCCUGCACUAUGCGGCUGCUCGCGGCCACGCCACAUGGCUGAGCGAGCUGCUCCAGAUGGCACUUUCCGAGGAGGAUUGUUCUUUCAAAGAUAACCAAGGCUACACGCCACUGCACUGGGCUUGUUACAAUGGUAAUGAAAACUGUAUAGAGGUACUUUUGGAGCAAAAAUGUUUUCGCAAAUUUAUCGGUAAUCCCUUUACUCCACUGCACUGUGCAAUAAUAAAUGAUCAUGAGAAUUGUGCAUCAUUGCUACUGGGGGCCAUAGAUUCCAGUAUUGUCAAUUGCAGAGAUGACAAAGGCAGGACACCCCUUCACGCGGCAGCAUUUGCUGAUCACGUGGAGUGCUUGCAGCUUCUUCUGAGACACAGUGCUGAAGUGAACGCAGCAGACAAUUCAGGGAAAACAGCGCUGAUGAUGGCUGCCGAGAACGGGCAGGCGGGCGCCGUGGAUGUUUUGGUGAACAGUGCCCAGGCUGAUCUGACUGUAAAGGAUAAAGACUUGAACACACCCUUACAUUUGGCUAGUAGCAAAGGUCAUGAAAAAUGUGCCUUGUUAAUACUUGACAAGAUACAAGACGAGAGCCUUAUUAAUGCAAAAAAUAAUGCACUGCAGACACCCCUCCAUGUUGCUGCACGAAAUGGCUUGAAGGUGGUAGUUGAGGAGUUGUUGGCCAAAGGGGCCUGUGUACUUGCUGUGGAUGAAAAUGGUCAUACCCCGGCCCUGGCUUGCGCUCCUAACAAAGACGUGGCUGACUGCCUGGCCCUCAUUUUGGCUACCAUGAUGCCUUUUUCUCCUUCCAGUACAAUGACGGCUGUCAACUUCGUUUGUUUUAAAAAAGACAAUUUGAGCAGGACGACCCUCUCCAAUCUGGGUAGCAUGGUCAGCCUGUGCAGUAACAACAUAGGCUCAGAGGAUGGGUACAAUGAAAAUGACUCUGAUUCCGAAACGUUUUGACUUUGGACUGUAGCAGCUUUUCCUUGAUCACCCAUAUUGGAAGAAGGGAAAGAAACGUGAAUUCCAGGUUUAUGUUGUGUUCGAGUAUUAUUAUGGGCCUGGGCUUCCAGAAGCCAGUAGAAAAGGAAUUAACCGAACCCAGGGAGGGCAACUAGACUGUAGGGCAAGGCACUCACAUAGAUGGGCCCUGAUUUUUGUUUUCAUGUUUUCCUUAGAUCUAAGAUACU